GUUACCACUUGCGAAGGACAUCUAUAAUGGCGUCCUACUGGACUUGGUAUAUAUUCAUUCUUGUGGCUCUCGAUUGGCUUGUUGUUGUCGUUGGUGUUGUUGGAAACAUUCUUACAAUAGUUGCCCUCGUCAAAUACAAAGCUAUCAAGAACAAAAGCAUCAAUUUGCUUUUUGUCAACCUCACUGUUGCAGAUCUUGGUGUGCUGCUGGUUCAUCAUUCUUUCCAAUGCAUUCAGCUCUACAACAAAGGACGAUGGAUCUUUGAUGAUCUUGCCUGCAAAAUAAUUCCACCUGUAUCUCGGGCAUUUCUAACUGUUUCCAUUCUUAUCCUUUCCGCCAUAUCGUACCAACGUUACAGAUCUAUUAUUUAUCUUUUCAAGCCUGCUCCAUCAAAAAGAGGAACAAUAAUUCUGACGGUUAUAAUUUGGGUAACAGUUAUAUUCACGUACGGUUCUCUUGAUGUCAAUUUUCGACGAUAUGAUCCUCAGUCAAGGCGUUGCAAAAUCAAAGAUUCAGCGAUGACUUUUUUUCUCUAUACCAUUGUGGAGAAGGCAUUGUAUGUCUUUUGUUUCGCCUACAUCACGUACAUGUUCCUGAAAAUACGUCCGGUGCUUGCACGGAGUAUUGACGUUCAAAAGAAUUCCUUUUUUAACAAGGCAGUUUCCCAAAGUGCUCAGACUUUAAAACUCCUGCGGCCAACAUUGAUAAUUUUGUUCAUGUCUCUUGUACUAUCGUGGGUCUUAUUGACAACGGUUUUUUUGAAUGUUAAAAGUUUUCAUCCAUCCCAGCGCUUAUUGAUGUAUCAUAUUGUUGGAAUACUGAUUGUGCUCAACAGUGCAGUCAACCCCUUUAUAUACGUGGUCAAGUCGCGUUCUUUUGCUCAAUCUUUUGCAAAAAUAUUUCAUUUGGGACAGAAAAAGUUCAAAAGGACGAUUUAGGAUAAGACGGCGCAGUUUGCUCUUCCUGUACGCUAGCUAAUGUGUAAUAUUACGAUUUUAAUGUGAUUUGUAAUAGCUAAUGUGUAAUAUUACGAUUUUAAUGUCCACACAGUGGGCAUUUUUAGUAAUUAUAAAAUAGCUACCAGCUGUAUCUAGAAAUUGAAGUUCAAUAAUUUGAUUUUAAUAUAAAUAUAUAUAAAUUGUGAAUGUA